UUUAAGGUUGUCACCAAAGCAAUUGGAUCAUGCUUCUAAAAAUGUUCUCGUCCUCUAAUUAUUCGCAAAUAUUUACAAUUUCCCGCUGUCAGGGGAGUUCAUCGCUCAUAGGAAAGUUAAAAAAUGCUGUGCAAGUAAUAUCAAUAUGCGAUUUGAUCCGAGAAAAUCACUUCUGCUGUCCGUGGUUCGUUUUGCUCUCGCCUGGAGUCAACUGCCAAAUCUUCAGCCCGGGGAUACCGCACCAUCAUUUGCUCUCCAAACGGUUAAUGGCAGGAUUGUGUACAAGAAGAAUAAUGGAAACCCUAGAACGUCAACGCACCCGGUCAUAUUUCACCUGUUCACCAAGCGAUCGGCUUUCUUGGAAGCGUUGUGGACAAAUGAAACUUCUCUGCAAGAGUUCAUUGAGUAUUCACCAGGGAAUACUCACUACGUAUUCAUGUCAUCCUCGGACUCUACAGCCCUAGAGGACGUGCUUUGGCUACGAAAAACUCUACAUAAAGCAGUAGAGGAUUACUUUAAAAGGUGAGUAAAAUGUGUCCUAAAACCUACGAAACGCGCCUAAGGCGCUGGGGAGGCUAUACCUUAAAGGGGUAAAUUUUGUAGCCAUGUGCAACCCCUGGGGUGUUUUAAAAACCCAUAAUGACGGCUGCCAGUGCUGUCAAAGUUAUUAACGAUCUGAGAAAUGACCGUAAGGUAAACAUUAUUUGUUGUGCUGGUGUUUUUCUCACAAUAUGUAGGCUCAGGCCAGGACUCUAACCAUCUUCCUCUAAAACUGAUGAUAAAAUUCCAAGAAAUAAGCGCUUGAAAUUUUUAUUUCCAAUUUCCAAGAAAAAUACUCAGUUAUGUCAGGCCCUGUGUUUACCUCAAAACUGUUGCAAAAUACAAAAUGCUUCUGAAGAACGACAUACAAGAAAAAAUUUUGUGUCUGAAUUUUUUCUUUCAGGUGAAAACUCUCAAUGGAGUUUGUGUACCCUAAUUUAAAAUAGUUUCUUGUAAAUUCACUGUUUCUUAUGGGGCCAGUUGUUAAGUGCUUGUAUUAAAUGAGAGAAAAAAUUACAUGAUGAUACAGAGAUAGGUACUUUAUUCCAAUGCCAACAUUGAAUGAUUAUUAAUAAAAACAAAUAAUUUAUGCUCUCAGGCAUAAAUAUGUUAUGGGCCUGACUCAGACUCAUUAGCCAGAGUGUUGUCAGGAUGAGUUUGACCAAGGCCCAAAACAUGUUAAUACAUGGGAACUUUGACUGUAUUUCUAUAAUUCUCACUUUGGGGGGCACUGAAAAUAAAAUUAUUUAAAUAAAAAUAAACAUGAAAAUAAAAUAGCCUGAACAUUUACGCAAAUGUGCAAGUGCAUUUAAGCUCUCCAAAAUCUUUAUUUUAGCCUGCAAAAUGUGCCAUAAUGCCAGACAAAGUGAUAAUAAUAGGUAACACUUUGUGUCCUUAAUAGCUAAGCCUGUGAACAAGAAUGAGGCUUCAUGUAAACCUGUUGAUAUCCAAAAAUUGCGACUUUUUAUAUCUAAAUUCCUCAGACUGUUAAAACUGACUAGUCCUUUUUCUUGAGUAUAUCAAUGUCACCCUGGACCUCACUCCUGUUCAUAGGUUUGGUGGUUAAAACUAGAUUAUUGAUACCUCUAUAGGUAAAAUGAAUUUUGGCUAUAUCCACAAAAUGGGAUUCUGCAUGGUACCUAGCUUUGUAGGAUAGUUUUUUUUUUUAAUUUUUCAAUGGAAACCUUCACAAUUUAUCUUGGAGGAAUGACAUUUACAAAGGUGCUGACAAGGAGAAUUUGUCUAACAAUCAAGAGUUUCUUUAGUUGGUGAUGAUUUCCUUUAUUCUCAUGACAUUAAUGUGUGAUUCAGUGGUAAUAUAUUGUAAGGAGAAAUUAGAUGGGGUUAAAAAAAAAGGGUUAAGAGGGGAUGGUAGGUUAAAUAAAGAGAUAACAAAUGCUGCUACUUAAUUCAAGAAUUAAUAUUUCAUUGAUUAACACUUCUACUUUUUAGGAAGACAAGUGUAUUGCAACAGGAUUUGAAAACAACAUGCCAGAGGUACUAUAAAAAAAACAGACAUGAUAAAAACAAUGAUUUUGUGGAAAAGGAACCCUUUUUCAAGCUGUCACAACUAAGAGAGCACCAUGCAACUGUAACUAAAGACAAAUGUGGCAAAAGUUGGGUGGCAUCAUGGAAAGAUAGGCUUCAUUUUGCCAGCCUUCCAGUAUAUGACUUUGGAAACUGGAUUCCCUAUGCAUUAAUGCACUGGCCUUGCUUUGGUACAGGCUGUGCACUGGCUCAAGUUGUCAUCAAAUCACAGGAAGGUAAAUCGAUUCUGAAGGUGUAAGGAUUGGAACAUUUGAGAUUAUCAUAGUAAUUAUGGUGCGUGGCUGGCAAGAACUAAGUAAAUGUCAAAAACAUUUUCAUUAAGAACCAAUUAAAAAAAGUGAGGACUUUAUCAGUGGAUUGAUCAAGGAGGUCUGACAGUCCACCAUAAUGUAAAAGAUGGUAAAUGGUACAUCUUACCAUAAAUUUAGUAUACAAAGAUAGUCAGACAUUAAAACCAUGGGUGAACACUGACCCUCCAAAAGUAACCCAACAAAGUUUAGGUUACAUUUUACAAAAAUUCAGUUUUCUUUGUGGACUCAUGGGAUUGUGUUCUGGUGAAAUUUACAGCUUCUUGAUGUUAAGCUUGAGAGAACAAGUGAAAUUUUAAAGCAUAGAGUGUAAUAUCUAGACAAAGUAUGUUUGGCACAUCUCCCAAAGUUAGUAUGACCCACUCCUUAAAAAAUAAAUUUGAGGGACAAAACUUAAUGUUUUGGAGGUAGUUAUUGAUUCCCUUGAUAGGUAAGGCAUCUGAAGAACUUUCAAGCCAUUCACUGUCUUAAAUUGCAACAAGGCUUUGGUUUCAAUUAAAUUCUUUUGAUCAUCAUUUUUCAGGUGAAGUGAUGCUGGUAACACAGAGGUUGGAUGCAAGAUAUGAUUGGCUGCCAUCACCUCACAAUUUGAUUCACAAGGGUGCUCAUUAUCAUGUUGCUUAUUAUGGAAAUGCUUGUCACUUUAAAUCUGACUGGGAGGAAGAAAACAGGGAUGGUGUCAGUGACAAAACACAUGAAGAUCAGAAAACAAAGGCCCAGGGAGGGCAUAUUGCUUUAGUGUCUCCUGGUGGAGACUGCUCUUAUUUUACUAAGGUUAUGAAAAUGAGGAAUUUUGAUGAACUAUGCUUACUUGAGCAUGGCUCUUUUGUUUGUCCCUCAAAUUUAUUUUUUAAGGAGUGGGUCAUACUAACUUUGGGAGAUGUGCCAAACAUACUUUGUCUAGAUAUUACACUCUAUGCUUUAAAAUUUCACUAGUUCUCUCAAGCUUUAUACCUUGAAAACCACAAAAUAAGGAAACUAAGGAUUUCAUCAUUGCAGGUCCUAUAAAAACUACUCUCUGUUGUACUUCAAGUUAUAUUGUUCUGAAUGUGCAGGGUUUUUGGAGGAAACUCACUUAAUUUUGCUUUUAUGAGAACUUUUUAAAAGUGAUAACUUGGAUUUCUUAGCCAAAAGUUGUGAGGUCCUUGUGAUUCUUACAAGGACAUCUUUUUAUGUAGUCACUCACAAGUUCUUGAUCACUUAAACCCUUUCACUCCCAGGAGUGACCAAAGCAGAAUAUCUCCUUACAAUCCCAUUAUAGUUUUGGACAGAAGAGUAUUGAGAAGAAAGAAAAUGUCAAUUAGUGGAUAUUGUCUGAUGCAACACCAAAUUCUCAGGGCUAAAAUCAUACAAAACAUGUGACACAGUGUGGAGAAUUGAAAUUUAGGUCUUGAGAGUGAAAGGGUUGAUUUCUUAUUCAUUUUCAAAGUCUGCGUCCUGCAAAGGAUUUGCCAUUUGCCAUUGUACUGUUUUAUCAUUUUUUUUUUUAUAGAAACAUUGAUUUUAACCUAAUUUUAUCUCUAUAGAUUCACAACAUGAACAAGGUGGGAGUUAAGGCAGUUAUAAUAUAUUCUGAAGAAGAUGCACCAAUUAAAGAACUGAGUUGCAAGGGUCACCACUGCUUCAUACCUCUAUACACACCAGCAUCAAUGAUUUCACAUAAGGAUGGUAUUCACAUCAAACACUUGCUGCGUGCUAAAAUGAAGCUUUACGUUUCCUACCAGUUUACACCUCAAGAAAAUUUUUUCUUGGGUAUUGAUGGUCAGGGAAAACUGGCUGAAGUGGGUUUGUUUCUAUUCCCUUCAAUGAAGUUCAUGGCCUAUGAGGCAAAAUGGUGAGUUUGGUAGCUCAUAACAAGUUGUUUUACUGUUUUACGUAUUUUCAAAUUGCCACUUAAAAAUUUAUGCAAUUAAGUUGAAACUUGUUUCAUGUCCAGUUACUGGUACAAAAAAAAUACAUGUUAAUCAAGUCUGGCCAGGGGUUUUGGGUAUUCAGGACAGAAUAUGCAUUUAAGUUACACAUCUUUUAAGAAAUUAUCAAUGGUAUUUGGUAUGUAGACAAGAGUCAAGAACCUAAGGCAGUUUUAGUUAUUUAGUACCUAAGUAUUCACAAUUUGAAGGUAUACUUGUAUCACUGGCAUCUUUUGGGGAAAAAUGAGUAUAAAUUUAUUUUCCUACUCAGAAAGGGGAUGAGCCCUUUUCAUGAGAUGUUUAAUUUAAAUAAUUUUUAAAAUUCAUCUCUUGUUCCAUUAGGUUUAAUUACAAAACAGACUUAGUCCACAACUUGACUGGCAGUGCAAAGAUAAUCCAUGUGUUUAACCAUACACUAAUGGAAGGAAAGACUGGUGCAGUGAGAAAUAUAAGUCUUCCACCGCUUGAAGGUCAGUUGCCGCUAUUUCUGAAAUACCUAACCAGUAUUUUGCUUUACGCCAUGCAUUUUCAAUGCCAAGUGUUAAGAACAUGGUGGGACUCUCUUCAGAGAUAUAGUUAUAGGUUUUGUUAGUGACCUUUGAGUGAAAAAAUUUAUAAAGUUGUUACUUGUUUCUUGUGCAUAAUACUCCAACCUUGCACACCUCUAAUGAGAUGCCUAGAACAUCUUUCAAAAGGAAAUAUACCAUUCCUAUCUUAUUUGAAAAGGGUUUGAAAUAAGCCAAAUAUUUGUUUUAAUUUCGUGGGCUCUUCAAUCAUAAAUUGAUAACAUUAGCCUGGAAAAAGUGAGGGGUUUUUGUAGUAAAAAGCAAGGACUGGAUGAGGUUGAGCAUGAUAUCAAAACUAAUCAAAACCAAGGUCUGAUUAUUUAUGAUAUCAUGCAAAGUGAGCUCAACAAUUGUUUUCUUAUAUAUUUUUUUAAACAAUCUCGAAAAGAAGACUCUUCUCACUAAGUUUGCAAAUUUUUAUGAACACUUCACAGAUGAGGGACUUGGAAACUAGGCAAACUUUGAACUUGACAAGAUAAAUGCUGUAUUAUAUAUGAUAAGUGCAUUAUACACUACAAGUAUUGGGUUACCAUGUCAACUUCACAUGCUAUUGUGUAUGAAUUGAAUGCUCUUAACCAAUCAGAUUUUUCAUAGGAAGUCUAAUUUUUAUUUUUUUUAACCCAUCCUGAAUUUCUUCCAUUUUCCUGUAGAAUUACAAAUGUACAGAAAUGUAGAACUGGACAUGUCCUUGUACUGCCCUGGUAAAAGUGACUACUCAUGUCCUCAUUGGGAUCAUGUUGUCCACCUCACUGUUUGUUGUGAUAAAACCAGUCCACUGUGUGGGGAGGAGUUGGGCCGCUGGAUAACACCCUACAGGAGGUGAGAUGCGCAAAAAUCUUGUUGCCAAUUUCACUUCCUUCUUGAGUUCUUAAGAAACAGUAUCUGGCGUGAAAAUGAAACUCAUGAAUUAUGAUAACAACUUGUAUUGUACCAAAAGCCUAUAACCAUUAAAAGGAACCUUGAAGUUUAGCUUUUGAUAGCAUUCAGAGCUAAACCUCAAGGUGCUUCUUGUAAGUCGAAGCACUGUCAGUGAUGUUUUACCUUGCUAUGCUUUUGUAGGUCUGUAGGACGUUGGUUGACAAACAUCACACCUUUAUUACCUCUGUUUACAUCUGAAACCUGUACUUUGCAAAUGAAACAUCCUUUCUGGGAGCGAGCUUGGAAGCCUUCUCUUGAUAUCAGGCUGUCUGAUCAUGUUAGAUGUAAGUAUGAAUAUCAAAGGUGGGCCUGAACCUUCGCCUCUUGCUGGCAAGUGCUUUUACAAAUUACUGCAGCUUUAUAGGUUUUCCCUGAAAAUUCAGUACAUUUGGAAUCACUGGUGAGAGAACAGCUGUGAUAUACGCGACGAGACCGUUAGUCUCGAGUGUUACACAGAGAAAAAUUUGAGUGUCAAGAACCUUAAAAAUUUCUGAGAAUAUGGUUGGGAAUGUUACAAAGUAUUUAGGAAACGGGAUGUGGUUCGCAUUUUGUGAGCGAUUACGUUUAGACGAAGGACGCAGACAUGUUUAUAAUGACUCAAGGUCAUGAAAAGGGUUGAAAUUGACUGAAAUUCAUUGUUAUGUCUCUAGUCUCGACACAAGCGUACAGUGCACGACAAGAGGAUCAAUACAAUGUUCCCUUCAAGAUCAUCAAAUUAUUCAGAGGUGGCAAGUUUGACAAGAACUACAACAAAAAAUAUCACACUCGCAUCGUUAGAAUUCCACCUGAGACCACUCAAGUUAAACUUGUGGCCACCAUUAGUGGCCAUGGCAGUGACAACAAUGGUUGUGCGGAGUUCUGUGUCACAUCUCAUCAUUUCGUUGUAAACGGACAUUCAAAUGUACAAGUAUUUAAAAACGCAGCUACAGCAAUGGGCUGUGCCAAUCGAGUCGAGGAUGGGGCGGUGCCAAACGAGCAUGGUACAUGGCUUUAUGGAAGGGAUGGGUGGUGCUGUGGAAUGGACGUGGUGCCCUGGGUAGUGGAUAUCACAGAACAAGUUCGUUUUGGAGAUCAUAGAAACGAAGUCAAGUAUUUUGGUUGGUUUAAUGGUACUGACCCACAGCCCUUCAGGGAUCCGGGGGAGAUAAUUAUGCGGUCGCACUUGGUUUUUUACAAAUCUGUACAGGAUCAAUUUUCUGACGAAGUUUGACGAUGGCAUUACUGUCACCGUGCCAUAUUAUGCGCGGU